GUCAGACUGAAGCAGGAGGUGGGGGAGAUUAGAUUAUAUGGGCUUUGUUGUGCUGUGGCUGGUGGAGAAAUUACUUUUCAGUCUUGUUUGUUGCAGAAAAUCUUAUUUUUUGCUUUAAUUGUCUGACAUUUUACUGCCACUUUUUUGGGCUCCUCCCAAAGCACAUAAAACUGGGGGCUGAGGGAUGCUGCUGCUGCAGCUGUGGAGUUGACUGACAAGUUUUAUUACAUUUUUAUUGCAUUUUAAAGUUCGCAACGUGCCUUUAGGAUGAAGACCCUGCUCGCUGCUUAUUCCGGUGUCAAAAAAGGCACUGGGUCCAGUAUCCUCUCUGCGCUGUUGGAGCUGCCUUCAGCCCCCUGGCUCUCCAAAUCCAAGCUGGUGAAGCACCUUCAAGCCAUUUCUGUCCUGCAGUUCAUCCUCACUUUCCUGGCCCUGGGCAUCGCCUCCACAGUGCUGCUGGUGUAUCUGUUCUGCACAGACUGCUGGCUCAUCGCCGCCAUCUACACAGCCUGGCUUAUCAUUGACUGGAACACACCCAAACAAGGGGGACGGAGGUCAACAUGGGUGAGGAACUGGACCGUGUGGUCAUACUUCAGAGACUACUUCCCCAUCAGACUCAUCAAGACUCAUGAAUUGCUGCCCAGCCGAAACUACAUUUUUGGCUAUCACCCCCACGGCAUCUUUUGCUUCGGAGCGUUCUGCAACUUUUCCACAGAGGCAACAGGCUUCUCCAAGAAAUACCCUGGAAUCCGGCCAUCUCUCGCCACGCUGGCAGGAAACUUCCGGCUGCCUCUGCUCAGGGACUAUAUGAUGUCUGGAGGUAUCUGCCCAGUGAACCGUAACUCUAUAGAUUACCUCCUGUCUCGCAACGGGACGGGGAACGCUGUGGUCAUCGUGGUUGGAGGAGCUGCAGAGUCACUGGACUGCGCCCCGGGGCUCAACUCCGUAACUCUGAGGAACCGCAAAGGCUUUGUUAAACUGGCUCUGGAGAAAGGAGCUGACCUGGUGCCGGUGUACUCGUUUGGUGAGAAUGAAGCCUAUAAGCAGGUAAUCUUUGCAGAGGGCUCGUGGUGGAGGCAGGUCCAGCGCCGGCUGCAGAAGCUGCUGGGUUUUGCCCCUUGUCUAUUCCAUGGCUGUGGCUUCUUUUCCACAGAGAGCUGGGGCAUGGUUCCCUACUGCAAACCCAUCAACACCGUUGUCGGUGAGCCGAUUACAGUGCCAAAGAUUGAGAAUCCAGCUGCGGAUGUCAUUGACAUGUACCACACUAUGUACAUCAACUCACUCACCACACUGUUCGACAAAUACAAGACCCGCUUUGGCCUGAAAGAGACCGACAAACUGUUCGUGAACUGAGAAAGACGACGGCAGAACUGUGGACAUUGAGCCAAAACACGCCUGCUGUUCCAGGAGGUGGAGGGAAUUGAUUUUUCCACUGCAAGGACACACAAACAGCCUUAUGAGAGUGAUGUUUAUCUACAGAGAGUACCAUCAACCCCUUCAGAGAGAUUUCACACUGUAUUCGCCUAAAUAUGCUUUUCUGUACAUUUAAGUUUGUCUCUGAUUGUAAAGGCUUACAUGUCUUAAGUUGUAAGGAAAAAUCUGACACUGUAUUCAUAUUACUGGGAAAGUUAGUGCUUACUCUGCCCCCUGCUGGCAGUUGUGUGGAUGUGCAAACAAGUGUAGCUGUUCAGAGUAGGUGUUUACAGGUUUUUAGGCUAGUUCUGCUGAUGGAAUUCAGAUGAAAGAAGUCUAAAUUUGUUUUUAAAAAACUGAGCUAUAAAAUGGAGAAACUUGGAAUUGACGCUGCCUUAGCAAGUAAGCAUGCUAGGCUAAAGAAGAUUUUUUUUUACAGAGGUACAGUCAUGUCCACCUCUGCCUUUUAAGGUUGUCCCAGAGAUUGAUGGCUCUAAACACUGUGAAAAUGUUGUUUAGGAAGAUACUGUUUAGUAUACUAGAUGGCUAAUUGAUAGCAGUUAGCCUUGCUAAUUUCUGUGUAUGCCUACUCAGACAGUAUUCUGAAACAAGAAGAAACACAAUCUGGUCUGGAUCUUAGUUUAGUAAUUUAGUUCUCUUUUAUAUUGAGCUAACGUGCUAAUAGCUAAUGAUAACUUCGCUAAACACUCAUAUCUAGCAGUCAGCUGUUGAUACUUUAGCCAUGUCAGAACUACAUAGGGUAGUACUCCUUUCCAACUUUCAACAAUCUGAUUGGUAUAAAACAUUUUAGAUUUUCAUUAAGUUGAGAAAAUUCUAAGUUGUAGCUUUGUGAUCAUUUGUUUUCAUAGAAAUCUACAGAAUAUGAGUCGCUUUGCUCCACUUGAGUGAAUUUGAAGCAUGUUUUAUGCAGCUGUGUAAAAGUCUACAACCUUUUUAAACACAUAUAUAUAUUUUUUUGCAGAAUAGACUAUAUUUAAACACAGCAACUGGUUGUAUUUAUAAAGAAUGGUUAUACUUAGUCAUCACAUCACAAAUAGUAAUUUGUUUGAAAUAAGGCUGAAUUUCUAAAUGUUUUUACCCUUUUAUAGUUCCCUGACUGAUAAAGCGGCCAGACCUAUUUCCCCCUUUAAGUUAUUUCAUUUUUGCACAAACAAUGCAAUACAUAUGUUGCCUUAUAGAAAUGAUUCUGUGGAAGAAAUAUAUGUUGGCAUAAAUACGACUGUGCUCCUGACUAUAUGAUUUCGAAUGGCUUGUUGCACAAAUAAGAAGCUUUAUCCAGGCUGAUUAGGCGAUGUUAUAAAGUGAGAAAAGAGGAUGAAUUAUGAGUUGAAUAUGAGAGGGAAUGUCAAUGUGAAGUUGAUAUAUGGUUAUAUAUGAGAUGUGAUCUUUGUUUAAUGUGUAAUUGCAGAUUAUUUAUUGAGACACCACUGAAGUAUUCACUGCUUUUUUCUUUCAGUUAUUUUCAUUCAAACUCCACUUUUUCACUGGAAGACUGACAAUUAAUAGUUAUUUUCAUGUACUUGCAUCAUUUUACUGUACGGAUUUAAUCCAUUACAUACACCCUCAUCAGUGAGAAGCAAUCUACCAUUCAGUAACCUCUGCCUCACAGUAACUGAUGUAUUGGUGUAAUACUGACUGUGGUAACGUAAAAUGUGUUAUAAUCCCUAUUUGAACUGUAUUCUAAAACUUUGGACCAAUGUUGAGAGAAUAUAAGCCCACGCAGUCUGUGAUCAGGGACAAAUUCAUCAGAAUUUCAGGUAUAACAACUGUUUAUAUGCUGAGGCUGUGUGAUUGCUUUAUAAAUAUAUUAGGAAAAAAUGCAGUACUGAUUAUUUGCAGUCUGAUUUUAUAAAUUAAACUUUUGUAUGUUUUUUGGAAUAAACAAUGCAAAAAGACA